AAGGCGGGCGAAUACCGAGAAUGCACCCUGAAAUACCAGACUUUACUGUAAUUGCUCUUUCCUAGUAAGCACCCAAAAUUUAGAACUUCUGGAAGUAAAUAAGCAAUCAUGGAUGCAUCAACAGCUUUCCAAUUCCUAGCGAAAAGGCCUUACCAGCCUCCCGCCUGGGCUUCGCAGCUCAGCCCCAUCCCCUCCCAUGUCUUCUCCCUCGGACACCUUCCUACUCCAAUUCAUAAAUGGAACCUGCCCAAUCUGCCUAAGAACACUGAGGUCUGGUUGAAGCGUGAUGACCUUUCAGGAAUGCAAUUGAGUGGUAACAAGGUGCGAAAACUGGAAUUCUUGUUUGCAGAUGCCGUGGCACAAGGAGCAGACUGUAUUGUCACCAUCGGUGGCAUUCAAAGUAAUCACUGUCGUGCUACUGCUGUAGCUGCCAAAUAUCUGAAUCUUGACACUUAUCUCAUACUGCGAACUUCAAAGGUUCUUGCGGAUGAAGAUCCUGGAUUGACGGGGAAUCUCCUUGUUGAGCGUUUAGUUGGAGCUCACAUUCAUCUUGUUUCAAAAGAAGAAUAUGCUAAAGUUGGGGGUGUGGCUCUUAGUAUGAUAUUGAAAGAAAAGUUAGUGCGUGAAGGGAGAAAACCAUAUGUCAUACCUGUUGGCGGAUCCAAUUCGCUAGGAACUUGGGGCUAUAUUGAAGCUAUUAGAGAGAUUGAACAUCAGAUUCAGCAUGCAACUCUUGAACAAAAAUUUGAUGACAUAGUUGUCGCAUGUGGCAGAUAAGCCUUCACCACUACGGUCGAGCACCUUUGCGAACGAGGCUCUUCCCCCAACUUGGACCUACCAUCAAGUCAUAACUGAUUUGCUGUCUCUGCCGCCAUCAUUUCCCACAUGUCCCCUAUUAGUUUGUUUACCGCCCUCAUACUCUCAAAGCUUUAAAUUUGAAGAUAUCCCCAAGUUGCAGUGCACUUGUUUCAUCACCUUAUACACGUUUCAUCUUCCUUUAUGUAAACAUUAUCGUCUAAUUAGGGAAAAGGGAAAGGAAGAAAAGAAGAAUAUAAAAAUAAGAAGGAAAAAUAGAAGAAGUGCAAGAGGGGGCACAGGAGCUGGGCAACCAGGAGAGGUGAGGAAGACAGAAAUUAAAAUGAAAAGGUAAAGAAGAAAAAUAGGAAAAAAGUAAGAAGGGUAAGAAGGCUGGAAGAAGUUCAUCGCACGGUGGCAGGAAGAACCGGCGAGAAAGAAUAAGAAGAAAGAAAGAGAAAGAAAAAAGAAAAAAACAAAUCUGCAAAUGACCUGUUAAAAAUAGUCACCUUUCCGUAAAUUAGCUGAUGUGAUCUUUUUUUAAGAGUUAACAUGCUUAUGUGAUACUUUUUUUGGUAUAUGGGUUUUCCAUCAUUUCCAAUGGAUCCAAAAACUCACUGUUUUUUGGCCUGGUAAUAUGAUAGAAUAAAGCAAAAUGGCUCACUAAACUGUUUGCGCUUCUUUGUUAUGAAGCAGCAGCCAGUCCAUGCAAUUUUCGAUGUGAUUUUCAUCAUGGGUCAUCUAGAAACAGUCUCUAUGUGCUUUAGUACAGGGGUAAGGUUGCGUACAUCCGACGCCCUUACCCCACCGUAGGUGUGAGCCUUUGCGGCAUCGAGGUAAUGUUGUUCUUGUUUAAGUGAUGGAUUUACAAUUGUAGAAGGCCUAUUAUGAUCACUUUUUCGAAAAUAUUAAAAGUGGUCAUAUAAAAGUGGUCAUAUUUUUGUCCAUUGAAAGGCUAGAGUUAAGUUAUAGUCAUUUUUUCUAAUAUAAAUAGAAAAAAUCAGAGCAUUGAUAUAAUUUUUCCAUGAUUGUAUAUUAUUAACAUUCAUAUAUAGUCUUUUAGAUGUCAUCUCAAUAUAUACUACUACUAAUUGAGUUUUGCAUUUGCGUUGUAGCCUUAUGGUAAUCUGUUAACUGAAUUGUUUAUUCUCGAUACUUCAGUGGGGGUACAGUCGCUGGAUUAUCAAUUGGGUCGUGGCUUAGUAGCUUGAAGGCAAAAGUUAAUGCAUUCUGUGUCUGUGAUGAUCCUGAGUACUUCUACAAAUAUGUUCAAUUCCUGCUCGAUGGACUCGAUGCAAGGAUUAGCUCAUCUGAUAUUGUCAGCAUCCAAAAUGCCAAAGGUCUUGGGUAUGCUAUGAACACAAGUGAGGAACUCAAAUUCGUCAAAGAAAUUGCUGAAACCACUGGUGUAGUUCUUGACCCCGUUUACAGCGGGAAAGCGGCAUAUGGGAUGAUGAAAGAUAUGGGUGAGAAUCCAAAAAAGUGGGAAGGGAGAAAGGUUCUUUUCAUACAUACAGGUGGACUGCUAGGUUUGUUUGACAAAUCAGAGGAAAUGGCAUCACUUAUGGGCAAUUGGUGCAAAAUGGAUGUCAAUGUAGCAAUUUCUCAUCACUAGUCAGUAGGACGGCACUGCUUUAAAGUUCUAAAAUUACUUGGCUGCCCUCAGUGCCCUGUGAUUGCUCUUUUCCUAAUAAUGACAUUUUCAUAUACAAUACUCGUAUUUUCUUUUGCUUGUAUUGCCGUAAGCCUGUAAUUAUAUUAACAACUGCCAUAAAUAUGAGUGAAUUUUUAGUUGAAAG